AGUAGCAACAUGGAGUAGACAGGGGUGCAGCAACUCGGUUGGAAAUUUGCGCUUGUAGCUUCUUUUUUGUCCCAUUUUCUGAACUUAGGGAAUGGUUGAAGGGGUGGUUAUCGAUGCAGGACUAAAAUUUGAAGGUUUCCACAACAAGCUGAUGGAAGACGUGCAUGAAAUAGACUGGUUAAAUGAUGGGGACCUUGACGACAACUUUCCGUUCAUCCAUCGCGUGGACUCGUCGCAGAUUAUAUAUUCCCCGAGAAAAAAGCGGGCGAAACUGAUAGGAAAAUACUUGAUGGGGGACACUUUAGGGGAAGGAUCUUAUGGUAAAGUUAAAGAAGUUUUAGACACAGAAACAUUAUGCAGGCGAGCUGUAAAAAUCUUAAAGAAGAAGAAAUUACGCAAGAUUCCGAACGGAGAGACGAAUGUGCAGAGAGAAAUCCGAUUACUUAAGAGGCUUAAACAUAAAAAUAUUAUUAAUUUGGUAGAAGUACUUUAUAAUGAUGAAAAACAGAAGAUGUAUCUUGUCAUGGAAUACUGUGUUGGGGGUUUGCAAGAAAUGUUGGACAGUUGUCCGGACAAGAAAUUUCCCAUAUGGCAAGCUCAUGAUUAUUUUUCACAGUUAGUAAACGGUUUAGAAUAUCUAUUCAGUGUAGGAAUUAUACACAAAGACAUCAAGCCUGGUAAUUUACUUCUAACAACAGAUGGUACACUUAAGAUAUCUGAUUUAGGAGUAGCCGAGCGACUUGAUCAAUUCCUGGAAGGUGAUACAUGUAAAACAAGUCAGGGUUCCCCAGCAUUUCAACCUCCUGAGAUAGCCAAUGGUUUGGAUUAUUUCUCAGGAUUUAAAGUGGAUGUCUGGUCAGCAGGAAUUACAUUAUUUAAUAUUACUACUGGCAAAUACCCGUUUGAGGGUGACAACAUUUACAAAUUAUUUGAAAAUAUUGGUAAAGGAGAGUUCACAGUGCCAGAUGAAUGUGGCCCUCUAUUGGCAGAACUACUUAGGGGUAUGUUAGAAUAUGACCCAGAUAAAAGAUUUUCAAUUCAGCAAAUUAAACAACAUUCGUGGGUUCAGAAGAAACACCCAAUCAUUGGGGAUGCCGUACCACUACCACCGCUACCUGAUAGCACUGAUAUGUUACGUAGUAUGACAGUUGUACCUUAUUUAGAAGAUUUACACAACGAGGAAGGUGGCAGAGAUGAGGAAGAUGAAGAGAUUGAGAUACCAUAUUAUGCCAAUGGUGAUGAUGAAGAUGAAAAACCAUAUACAUUUGAAGUUAAUAAUAAAGGUGCUAAGGACAGUGGCAGCAAUUCAGCGCUAGACAAAGAAACUCAGAGAGGAAAUGUGAGCAGAAGCAAAGUCCGUAAACUUACCAAUUGUAAAUUACAAUAA